AUGUCGGAUCAGCACCGUGGUCUAAAGAGCAAUUCCACCAAGAACACUUGGGACAUUCGAGAUCGUCUUCCAAGUAUCAUGGGUUGGCUGUCGCAAUACAACACAUUCAGGGCUCUCAAUAGAGCUUGUGAACAAGGCAAUGUAAAUAGCGAGCGGAAGAUCUUCAUUGUUAAAGGCCCUGAUCAUGGCAACGUUGAUGGAGGCAUCAUUGUAGACCCUCCUAAUACAUUCCCGUCCGAUGAUCCCGCCGCUGCCUGCCGCUGGGUGCAACAACAUCAAGACGACUCGCACAUACCAAUAACUAUGCGCUUCGAUGCAAAAAUGGGCAUAAGCAACUGGACGAGAGGGCAAUGGGCGCAUUUUAUCAUUCUCGUUCUUCCUGAUUUUCCUGACUACUACUGCAUCAUGCCGUUUCGAAGCUUUGCGAAUCUGCAUGCCGUACACCGAAGGACCAGUCGAAACUGGAACACUAUCCCUAGUCUAGAGUUCCGCACAUCUGGCCAACGGUAUCACACUUUCGAGAGCUACUUAGCUCUUUUUGCGGUCUAUAAAGAUGAUGUCUAUCAAGCGCUCACGAACCUUGUCAAUACUGCUGUUAAUCUAACAUGGUAUGUCAACCCUACGAACGGGGUCGAAUUCAGUGGUUGGAAGAUUCUGCAUGUCGAUACCUCGUUUCAACCAUUACUCCGGACGUCCCAAGUCUACCAGAGGCGGUCCGCAGAUGCUAUAUGGAGAAUUGCUAGGUUCCUCGAGAGCGCUGAUGGUAUAGAUAUGAGGAUUGUGCCCAAUCCGGCAGAACCGCUGGUGUGUGACUUCACGUUGAUGGACGAGAGGCUAAAAAUCAGCUAUCUGAUCGAACAUAAGUAUCGAGAUCUUGGAGAUCGACCGCGUCGAGGAGCCAACAAGCUCACAUACGAUGAAGUUGCGUGGCGUGACAAGAGUCUGAAUUGGCAUUUCCUUUUCAGUCAAUAUGGGGAUGAAAUGGCCAUCUUCACCCGGCGGGGUAUGACGUCGGUUGACUCUACAACUACUCCGCCUUUGUACCUCAACAUGAGCAAGCCUGGUGCAGCGACAGAGUUCGCAGAGUAUAUCCGAGCACAGGGUAGUAUUGCGAAGAGCAGAAUACGGAGCAAGUGGCAAAGCGUCGACCUGUACGACGAUAGCGUUCGUGCCGCAGAUGGUCUUGACCAUUCGACGUCUAUUUCAGUCUCCAGCAACAUCCAAAGUCGGACUCUGCCCAAGUCGGAUAUCCAACGCUUCGCGUUCGCUUUCGGGAAUGCUUUCAAUCGACAAAGCUACAAACUCCAAUCUGGUUGCUGCGUCAUACUGGACAAUGACCCUUGCGCUGACGCGGUCGUAGUUGAGCAUGACUGGGAUACAGAUGACUUGCUAGCCUUUCGGUCUGCUGCCAAACUCCCUGUAAACAUGGUGGGCAAGUCUAACCCUGCCCUCAUCUUACUAAAGUUUAUCCCCCACUACCAUCAGACUAAAACGGUCUCUAUAUCGAAGGCGUUUGAGCUCUCUAUGCAGGGCAAUUUCGAGAUUCCAGCUUGUUCCGCGCAACCGUUCAUCUACGUAGCCACGACUGGGGGUGUACCACAACCGGGUCAAGACGUCGAUCUCGACGAGCUCGUACUUAUCCCAUCCAAGGAAACAACGAUGCUAGAUGACUCGCUCAUGUGCGAUAAUUGCAGCAAUCGCGAUCAGGAGAGAGCCUGGACAUACGUCACACAAACAAUCUCGAAGCCGGAAUUGGUACAGCUCCAAGUAGUGGGUUCGUCCAAAGGUCUACAGGUACCUCUGACACAAGCCCCCUUCUUGCGAGAAACCGCUCGACCAACAACAAGGAUCGUGUCCCUACUAAAUGGGGAUGUUCAUCAGUACUUCAGUCGCUUGUUCUCUAGGACUGGCACUGAGAUUGUUUCGAAGCUGCACGGACCAACAGGGUUGCUCCAAAGACAAUGGAACCACGGUACUUCCAGAUUUUACCGCCAAGCAACCUCAGUGGGGAAGUAA